UUUAUAAUCAUAACAUUCGUUGCAGGUAGAACACAUCAAUUCUUAUGAUCAAUGCACUUUGCUUUGUGUUUAUUAUAAUUUUGUUGGAUAAACUUGAAUUGGAUAAAAAAACAACAAAUAAAAGGGUUUUUUUUCUUGAAGGCGUAUCAAAGCACGACGAAUAUAUUGUUAUUUUUGAAAAACGAGGAAAUAGACUAAAUUGUUCGAAAUUUUUCAAAAAAUUAGGUGUUGUUUCUGAGAGCUCUGGGGCCUGGGCUUUGUCGGAUUUUUAUAGAUAAUCAUAUAAAGUGAAUUAUCAAAGAUGGCGGAAAAAUUGAAGUUAGAUCUCAGCAUCCCAUUUCCAGACAAAGAGAAAGCUAAGAUUGCAAUGAACUCGCUAAAAGUUGACCCAGAACCCAGAAGAACAAAAGUGACAAAGAAACUAAAAGUCGAAGAGAACAUCCUGAUUGCAUCUUUUGAAGCUCCAGAAGCUAAGAACCUUAGAGUGGCGUCAAACUCAUUCUUGGAUCAUUUGACUUUAGUUAUGAAGACUAUAGAUAGGUUUGGAUGAACUUAGGUAAUACGACGUACACUUCAAUGUCAACUGUGGAUCAAGUACUAGGAUCAAGGACUGCUUUAAAUUAAUAUAUCGGCAGCCUAGGUAAUCGAUAUGCUAAUUUCUAGUCCAUCAACGCACUUCAUUUUCUUCGGCAAUCAUCGAUAUGUCCCCAAUUACAAUAAGCUUAUUACAAUAUGGCGUCCGUAAUCACAAACACUAACUUGCCGGUUAUAGAGUGUGAUCCUUGAUGAAUUGCAUUGACUUUCUACGCCGGUUGCCUCCGCUAGUUGCAGGCGACGAGUUUAUUGCACUAUUCUUAGUUUUCAUGUGACGUCAUAAACCCGGUAAUUACAACGUUGAUUAAUUCGGCAGGACAUAAUUGUCAUUACACUGAUUACAGCAUGUUGCCUGUUGGUUGUUCGCCUGUUGGUUGCCCUUCAGCAUAGAAAAAAAAUACGUGGAAUGUCGUAUUAUUCGGUUCUCUCCUGUGCAGCAUAGGCGUCGAAACGUAAUCAAAUAUUUGAGUCUGACCUCCAUUUAUAUCACGGAUUAAAAUGCUUAGUAAAACCAGCAAAAUAUCAUGCAGGUAAAUGUUCGAGGUUUUCUGAAUGUUGAAUCAAGCUCGUAACACUGGCUCGUAUUUUACUUUUCGUACAAACAACAAAACGCAUAGUUUUGUCAAGAAUAUCGAGUAAAUUUGUAAUAUCUUUGACUUUGUCUUUAAGAAUGCAAUAAUAAUCUCUGGAGUUAUUAAUGUUUUAAGUGUUUAGUAUAUACUCUAGCCUAACAAUUGGGCUGUCUUUUAUUUCGCUAGACUGCAUGAUAGGCUUGUUUAAAUGUUUCAUUCUCUUUCAUCUGUUCCUCAGAACUCACUUCUAGUCGAAAUCUCUUGGUAGUCGUUCUAGUUUUUUAGUUUGUUUCGGACUCCUGUAGUCACUAAGCAUGAGGCAAUUUUGUUUGUAAAAUAUUUCAAGCCAUAGGGGAAAAGGAGAAAGACUUAGAGCUCGAUAAAUAGCCAUAUUGGAAAAUUGACAUGCAAGCAAAAUAACGUCGUAUUUGGAUCAUGACAAUGAAACGGCACAUGCACGAAUGAAUUUUUCAUUCAUCACGUAUUUUUUUGUACACCCACUAUAUAUGAUACAUACAGUAGUUACCUCAAAGCACAUCUUUAUUUGUGUACAUUAAUAUAAAGGAGUUUGAAUUUACUGUAAAAUGAAAUUUAUAGUUAUACGUUGAAAGAGAUGCAAACAAGUAUGGCGAAAACACAUGAUGUUGAGACACAUCAAACAUGUAUUAUAUUGUUUUUCUUAUAAAAAUAGAAUGAUUACAAGCGAUGAUGCAUUUUCAA